CUCAUUUUGACUCAGAGUCUGUCCCUCUGCUUGUCUUCUAUAAGUCAUGUGGCUCUACCUGCUGGCACUGGUGGGCCUGUGGAACCUCCUGCGCUUGUUCAGGGAGAGGAAGGUGGUGAGCCAUCUCCAAGACAAGUAUGUCUUCAUCACGAGCUGUGACUCGGGCUUUGGGAACCUGCUGGCCAGACAGCUGGACAGGAGAGGCAUGAGGGUGCUGGCUGCAUGUCUGACUGAGAAGGGAGCCGAGCAGCUGAGGAGCAAGACAUCGGACAGGCUGGAGACAGUGAUCCUUGAUGUCACCAAGACAGAGAGUAUUGUGGCAGCCACUCAGUGGGUGAAGGAGCGAGUUGGGAACAGAGGACUCUGGGGCCUGGUCAACAAUGCUGGCAUCUCCGGCCACCUGGGUCCCAAUGAGUGGCUGAACAAACAGAACAUUGCAAGUGUGCUGGAUGUGAACCUGUUGGGCAUGAUCGAGGUGACUCUGAGCACGGUGCCCUUAGUGAGGAAGGCGAGGGGCCGUGUGGUCAACGUUGCCAGCAUCGCAGGCCGAAUGUCUCUCAUUGGUGGUGGUUACUGCAUCUCCAAGUAUGGUGUAGAGGCCUUCUCAGACUCCCUCAGGAGAGAGCUCUCCUAUUUUGGGAUCAAGGUGGCUAUUGUAGAGCCUGGCUUCUUCAGGACUGAGGUGACCAAUGGUGUCACAUUAUCAUCAAACUUCCAGAUGCUGUGGGACCAGACCAGUUCAGAACUCAGGGAAAUCUAUGGCGAGAACUACCUGGCACCCCAUCUGAAAAUACUAAAUGGAUUGGACCAGAGGUGCAACAAAGAUCUGUCUCUGGUGACCGACUGCAUGGAGCACGCCCCUGACUUCCUGUCACCCUCGCACCUGCACUCAGCUGGUUGGGAUGCCAAGUUCUUCUACCUCCCCAUGAGCUACCUGCCCACCUUUCUUGUGGAUGCCUUUUUCUACUGGACUUCUCCAAAGCCUGAGAAAUCUCUCUGAAGUCUUUACCUAUGUACAUAACUGAGGAGAUGUUGGUACAGUGUGAGGGAGGGGAUCCUGAGGAGGAGGUCGGAGUGCCGAGGAGGGAGGGAGGUCAUUCCUCUGGGGUUUAGUCCACACUCUUCAUCUUGUUAUUUUCCUGUGCUACUACUCAAGGCUGAUGAUGACCCAAGAAAUAGCCAAAGAAUUCUGCCAAGAAGUUCAAAUACAAAAGCACUGGCAGUUGCCCAGGCUCUGAGCACCAUGACCUACCAUGGCGAUCCACACAAAUGAGGAGUUUGAGACCAGCUUGUGCCAAACACUGCCCUGAGUCCUCCUGUGCAGGAAAUGCACAUGCCCUGGCUAGUUUGUACCCUAUGCAGCAUAGAAGUGUCCCUGCUCUGAAGUCACCUGUGACCCUGGUGUCAGGUUUGAGAAGAAUCACUAAUAAUUCUAACACUCAUGCUUGAAGGCCAGGUCCACAGCCCUGGGUGGGAGAUUCGGUUCUUUGUGUUGAGAAUAUAGUACAGGAAAGAGACAUCAAUUUUUUUUAA